AUGGCCGACCCAUCGACCUGCCCGCCUUUGACGCCCUCGUCCAUCCGCUCCGCAUAUCAAAAAAUAAACCGCUACAUCCACAAAACACCCCUCCUCACCAGCACAUCACUCGACGCCAUCGCGUCAUCGCCCGACCCGACGAUAUACCUGUCUGACACACCACCUUCGUUCUUUCGAUCCGCCCAUGGGCCUGACGCCGAUUCUGGUUCUGGUUCUGGUUCCGGAACAGGACCCAGUGGCGAUAUUGCUGGCCCCAACGUCCCCAAGUUCAGAUUAUGGUUCAAAUGCGAGAACUUCCAGAAGAUCGGGGCUUUCAAGGCGAGGGGGGCAUUUCACGCGGUCACGCGGCUGGUGGAAGAGUUGGGUCUCGAUGAGGUGAGGCGUCGCGGUGUCGUUACGCACAGUAGUGGAAACCAUGCCCAAGCCCUCGCCCUCGCGGCCCACACGUUCUCCAUCCCCAGCUACAUCGUCAUGCCCACGAUCAGCACGGCCUCCAAAAUCGCAGGCACAAGAUUAUACACGCCCAACGUCAUCUUCAGCGGCUCGACCUCACAGGAACGCGAGGCCGUGGUCGCCGACGUCGUGCGGGCGAAAGGCGCGAUCCUCGUCCCGCCGUACGAUCACCCGGAUAUCAUCCUGGGCCAGGGCACCGCGGGGUUGGAGAUGGAGGAGCAGUUUCUCGAGGCGACGGCUACAGGCGCAAGUGCGACAGCGACCGCAUUCGACGCCGUCAUCACACCGCUCGGCGGCGGCGGUCUCCUAGGCGGCACGGCCACUUGUUUCUCCGACAAGCCCGGCACGCUUGUGUUUGGGGCGGAACCGUCGUUCCAGGGCGGCGACGACGGCCGACGCGGCCUCUUGGAGGGCAAGCGCAUCGAGCACGUCAAGACGCUGACUAUUGCGGACGGGUUGCGCACGCCCGUCGGACUCACGAAUUGGUCGAUCAUCAGCGACAAGCGCAAAGUGGAGGGUCUGUAUGCCGUGACGGAGGAGCAGAUCAAGAUGGCCAUGCGGCUCGUGUAUGAGAGGAUGAAGGUCGUGGUGGAGCCGAGUGGCUGCGUGGGACUCGCUGUUGUGUUGUUCAACGCCGAUUUCAGGGAUAUGGUGGUCCAACGCCAACGGCAGAGCGAGGGGAAGAAGGAGGUGUGGGAUGUUGGGGUCGUCUUCAGUGGCGGGAAUACCACGAUGAAGGCGUUGAGUAAAUUGUUUGCCGACGAGGUCGAGGUGCGCGGUGGCGACACCGCGAAGGAGAGGGAGGCGGGGACCGUUGCCAUCGAUGGGACGAGGGAUGUCGAGGACGUUGCUGGAUAG